AUGGCGUCCAAAAUCUUGGAACCUUCUUUGGGGCCUAUUGUGCGACUGGCCUCACAGUGGUGGUUAGGAUCGAAUACCAGAAAACUGGAGCAACAAAUUAGUGUUCUCAACACAGCACUGUGCGAGAACCGGAGUGAGAACGAGUCUCUGGAAGAAAUGAUAAAGAUUUUGAAGGAUACUGUAGAGGACCUCGGUGAUCUGCAAAGAGAGAUCGUAAGAUUUAUGGAUUUUUUGAUCGGCAUACAGGACAUCGUGGCGACAGUCAAAGAUGGCGAUGACCGUGUCUUGAUAAAAGAUCUUACUGCGCAAGACAUUGAUGACAUGAACGACGACCCGCAGCUAAAGAACGACUAUCUUCGCGAUGUUUCCCUCAUGAAGGAGAGACUUUCUAUCGCAUCCAGGGCAACAGAACUAUACAAUGAGCUAUCGGAUAAGCUCAUAGUUCCUGCCAUCGACUGGGUUGGGGGCCUGUCCACUCUCAACAUGUCUAAUGAGUCUUAUGGGGAAAUGGAGCUUGAAAUCAAGGCUAAACGAUUAGAGUUGUCAGAGGGAGCUGAGCAGUUGAUCAUGAAGCGGGUUGCUAAAAUUGGUAUUGAACUCAAAGCCGACUAUCCGCAGGCAAAUGUAACUGAGCUCACAGAGGAUAUUUCAGAGGAAUUCUAA